AUGUGUAGUUUCCUUCUUGUUGACUCAUCAUCGAGGCUCAUUCAUGUUUUUUUCUUCGAUCAAGAGGCGGAAGUCUCUAUGCAACGAUUUUGGAAGACAGUCGAUAUACAUCCUUCAGAAGACGGAAAUUUCCACAUUCGACUUGACCAAAGGAAGUUAGUCACACCUUCAGGAAAUCAAUUAGUCAUUCCUCGAUCGAAAAUUGCUCUAGCUGUGCUUGUUGCUCGCGAAUGGGCAGAACAACGUAAGAUCUUGAAGCAACAUUCAUUACCGUUGACCUCCUUGGUAUCCAGGUCGAUUGAUGGGAUGAAAGUUGAAGAUCGAGACGAGAUCAUUGAUUCCCUCCUCAACUACCUAGACACAGAUACAGUUUGUUUCUUCGAAGAGAAACCUCAAAGAUUAGUAGAUCUGCAAGACAAACACUGGAAGCCUUUAAUCGAGUGGAUCAGUCAAACUUACUCUGUCAAUCUCAAGAUUCAUCAUGAUUCUAUCCUCUUUGCCAAGCAGUCACCUGCGACCAAAGAAGCCCUGAGAUCGGUGGUGAUGCAUUUUGAUCGGUUAAAGCUCGCCGGGUUUGAGCGAGCAGUGCAUGUCACCAAAUCAUUUGUGAUAGCACUAGCAUUAGUCGAAGGCAAACUUACUGUGGACGAGGCAAGUGAUGCAAGUAGAGUGGAGGUUUUGAGUCAGAUCGCCCGAUGGGGUGAGGUAGAAGAUACCCAUGAUGUCGAUUUUCAAGAAAUUCGGAUGAAGCUGGGCAGUGUUACCUGCGCAUUGAUAUAA